AUGAAUACGCGCACGGGGAUUCGAAGUGGACAUAACAUGUUAUACUUGGUGAUUGUCGUUGCCUGUGUUUGUGCCCCAUGUAUGGUGAAAGGCGCCUCUGAUAAUCGAGGAACUGAGUUCAUACUGACAUUCAUGGAAAAUGUUGGAACAUCGAAGGACCUACAGCUUUUUGUUACAACAACAACGACGUCUGCUGUAUCAGUAGAAGUGACAGCACCAGCGUUUCCAGGGGCCAUCAUAGCGCCAUCUAACUUUGAGGUUACGUCAGGGGAAGUUGUGUCAGUUCUAUUAUUGAACUCAUUGCGCAUGACCGGAACUGGAGUUAGCACGAAAGGUGUUCGCAUAACUGCCACAGAAGAAAUCGUCGUUUACGGCGCGAAUCAAGAAAGGCUGUCAAAUGAUGGAUUUGUCGCUCUGCCAACUGACGUCCUUGGGAAGGAGCACUUUGCGUUCAGCUGGUAUCCUCCAUCGGAAAUGUGUGAGUUUGCAUUAGUUGCCAUCGAGGAUAACACAAAUGUCAACAUCACUUUACCAUCCCCUGGAACAGGAGAUUUUGUUCUAUUUGAGGGACGAACCUACAACGAGGGCGAUACAAUAUCAGCGACGCUUGACAUGUAUGGGACCUUACAAAUUCAGAGCGAAGGGGAUCUGACUGGAGCGCAUGUUGUAACGGACGAAGAUGUUGCAUUUUUCAGUGGGAACAAGAAAACGUCUGUUUUAUCACCUGGAUUGGCAGGACAAUCUUCUUCUCGAGACCAUCUUGUUGCGCAGUUGCCAGCCGUUGCUUAUUGGGGUAAGCGAUUUCUAUCUAUUCCAACCCCUCAAAGAACCGUUGGAGAUUAUUAUAUGGCCAUAGCAAGCCAAGCAGAUACGAACGUUCAGAUUUCACACUACGGAAGCUUUUAUCUUGCAAGGCCAGGGGACUCGCUGAAACUUCUAAUCGGUUCUUCAAACUACACCGAGUUCUCUUCGGACAAACCUAUUCAGGUUGUACAUGUCGUACAAACACUUACAACAAUACCAGAUGAAAAGUCGGAUCCCAGUAUGAUGCUAAUCCCACCGAUCGAGCAAUACGAAAGCGAUUAUAUCUUCACAACGCCAGAGAUGUCGACGGGCGCGUAUGUCAAUUUCGCCAUGAUUGUGGUAAAGGAUAGUGAGAAGGAGGGGAUCAGACUAGAUGGUAACACAUACACCCCUGGGGGAUGUGGGGAGGAUUACUGUAAGUGGAAUGAAGUCCCCGGGACAGAGUAUGUAGCAACGGCGUUUAACGUCACAGAAGGAACCCAUAGACUUAAGCACGAAUCCCCUAUUGCUGUAUUCGGCGCUUACAUAUACGGGACCGCCACGUUCGAGACUUAUGGGUUUCCUCUUGGAAUGAGAAUGGCACAGAUCAAUACGGUUUGUAUAGAAAGUAAUACAACUUUUGGCGAUGGGUUGGACAAUGACUGCGAUUCCCUCAUUGACGAAGAACUUUGUGACAACACACUAGAUGACGAUGGCGAUGGUAGGAUAAAUGAGGACUGUGCCGCCAUGGAACUAGUAAAUGAAUGCCUCGAAGAUUCACCAUGUGAAAAUUCGGGAACCUGUUUGGAUUUGAUGGUUGGCUUCAAUUGUUUAUGUACAGAUGGAUACACCGGCACUAAUUGUGAAACAGACAUAAACGAAUGCUCCAGUUCACCGUGUUUACAUGGAUCCACAUGUACAGAUCAAGUCAAUGGUUCACCGUGUUUACAUGGAUCCACGUGUACAGAUAAAAUCAAUGGGUACAUCUGUACAUGUGUUGACGGAUACACCGGGACACAUUGUGAAACAGAUAUAGAUGAGUGUCUCGAUGACCCAUGUCUAAAUGGUGGGAUAUGUGAAGAUAAAGUAAAUGGAUUUACUUGCUUUUGUGAAGGAUCUUUGUUCGGCGGAACACUUUGUCAAGACGUUCUUGCAUCGUCUUCGAGUGGAUUUCUAAGUAGUACAGAUGGCAUCAUCAUCGGUAUAUCCACCGGGUCUAUCCUCCUCUUGCUGGCUCUUAUUGGGUGUUGUUGCUGCUGUUGGUUCCUAUGGUUACGUCGAAAGAAACGCAAGGACAAAAUACUUGGAACAAGCGUGUUUGAAGUGGAUCAGGUUAAUUUUGGGUCAUAUGGACCAGGCAUUAUCACUCUUAAAGCUGAUGGUUACGGAAGUCCGGCGUUUGUCAAAUAUGACAAAGAGAAGAGCGUUUACUAUGUUUGGAUUGAAGAGGAUAAGAAUUUUGUAGUUUGGUAUCCUAAACUUCCUGGUUUCGCAUUUUGGCACCCUGAACAACAUGUUUAUGUACGUUGGGAUGCUAGCAGCCAAGGUUUUGUGAUUUGGGAUCAUGAACUUUACCUCCUUGAUGGUCAGCACUCGGCGCUUCCAAGUCGGGAAAUGUACAACUGGGAAACGGAUUUCCACGAAUGGGAUCCUACGCAGCAGAUUUAUACAAACGUACCAAUGGGGACCAACAUUAUGCCAGGAGAUCGAGAGUUGAGAUUGAAAUCGGGUUUUAAAACAGCUGAUUCAAACUUUGUGUCUAACAUCACAAUUGAGAAGGAUCACGAGAAAAAUUCACCAAAGUCUGUUUCAAAUAUCGGUAUGGUCGUCGCUGAAAACAAACGGCAGAAUGGAAACAAGAUGGACGUGGUUUGGCGCACCAAUCCUUCUUCUAUUGAUGGUUACGUGGGACAUAAUGGAAACGCUUGCUGCAUGAAUUAUAAUGUUGAGUCCUCUAGACUAAAUGGAAGAAUCUGGAACAACCGGUUCGGAUUUACAACGUAUCCGAGUGAUGGAUGGAUAGAACGGAAUUCAAGAGUACAGUCUCAAGUUGCUGAACGUAAUAGGAGCGAUUUCCACUCGGGAUUCUUACCAAGAGUCCAGCUGCUUGAAAACAGUGGAAAUUCCCAAGUACCAACCAGGGCUGAAGAACGAGAAUCUCCGAAAAAAUAACAUAAAUACAUGUAGUUGGAUGGUCUAGACAGUAUUCUGAAAAGGGAAUUCAAAGAUCAUCGUAUGCAUGCCAUUCGGUUGAAUAACCCGGAGUUUGACAAAUGAAAUAAUUUCAGUGUGCGGAUAUUUUUAGAUCCUACAAAAGCGGUUGAUACAGUUGAUUAUUGCAAUAGUUUUAGUUAACUGAGUUUUAGAGUUUCCUAGGUUAAUCCAUGGAAUGAGUCAUAAUCUUCAUUAAAGUAAUCAAACUGCUAUGUUUCGUGCAAGAAUGUUUCAGUUUAAAAAUUAGAUUUGAUGUUCGUCAAGGCUCAAUAUAAGGUCACCCAUUUUUAUACCUAUCUAUGAUAAAUUGUAUAAUGUAUUAAGAUAUGUGAUAUUUACUAACGCCAUUUUAUGGAUUGACGGACAUAUUCAUUAAUAUAUUCACAUCCUCAACUGUAGUCUGUCAAUAUCGUCAAAUGGGGUAUCCAGAUUCAUGGGGGUAAGGUUUUGUCCUCUUAUCCUUUACUGUACAGUUUUUUGGUGUUAAAUCCUACUUUUUUUUAUCCUAUUCUCUAUCUAGUAUUGUAUAAAUAUACGUAGAAAAUAUUUAAUUGAUCAUUAAUAUUCUUAACAAAAAUGAGAGCAUUUGGAAAGAAACGUUUUGAUCGGGCCUCGUAUACGAUUUCCAAGGUGGUUGUUAUGCAAGAUAAAGCUGGAGCAACUGAAACCUUUUGAAAAAUCAAGAUGCUUGAGUGUACUUAAAAAAAAUUCUUCCGUUUUUAAGAUGAAAUCCUUUUGAUUUGCUGCGAGGCAAAUUUGAA